AUGGACUGUGGAAGUACUGGGACCGCUGCGGGGAUUGACCCCAAAAUCUUAGACAACUGGCAAACUGAAGGCGCCUAUUCCGUCGCGUCGUGGGAAAAUUUGGGUUACGAUCAGCCGCCCGAGUGGGAUACCAGCCAGGAAUCGAGCCAGUGCGAUGCCGACAUCGCCGACUUGGGGACCUUGCAAGGUCCAUUGAACGAAUAUCGCCGCUUGGAGAGGAAGCAUGAUGUAGCGCCCGAGAACUUGAACUACAUCGAUGGGGUCGUCGAGGGUACCGGGAGCGGCACCAUCAGCCCGAGGACGAUCCCAUCGUCCGCAGACGAGAACUUCCACUCCGACGAGGCGUGGCCGCACUUCCAGCUGUACAACUCCGUUGGCAUGCCCAUGGAUGCCUCAUUGCUUUACCCCUACGCGAAAGGACCGAACCACUCGACCGGAGCCGUGAUUGUGGAUGAUGUGGGCGAGAUGCCUCAUGGGGGCUUUCCGGAUGCGCCGGCGGAGGGAAUCAUGUCGUUCCAACAGAUCCCCCAAUCCUUUCCCAUGAUCCCCGAGCAGUGGGCGGAGAUUCAACACAGCCUGUCUACAGAGAACAUGCCCCCACCCGAUGCGAUCCCGCUCACGGCUAAAACACAGGAACCUCCUAAGGGUAACUCACUGCACCAGUUCCAGACAUCGAUUCGCUCCCUUGAAUCGCGCUGGCUCAACAGUCUAGAGUCUCAACUUCCCAUCCCGCAGAUCAAGCCGCAAACCGUUGGAAACAAUAACCAAAUGGGACAGGAGUUCCAAUUCAAAUCGGAGAACUCUUCGGUCUCGGGGGAUUUGUCUGGUAUUUACGAAUGCUCGUACUCUGCUACGAGCGAUGAUGCUCCAGCAUUCGCGGAUCGCCAGCUGUCUGACGAUGACACUCAGUGGAAGAUGUCUCCACAUGAGCCUAGCUCGCGUGAAGGAUCGCAGCCUGCGCCCAAGACCACUGCCUUCAUGGUGAGCGAAGUUCCCGAGUCCAUGGCUGCUGGUGGGUCGAGGUCGAGGGCUUCCUCGACCGCUGGGCGGGGUGGCCGCCCAGCUGCGCUCGCCAUGCAGUCCACGGCCACGGUUAGAAAGCGCAAGACCAGAAACCCUGGCUCUUCCGUUGACCACGGUGUGAGACCACUGCAAAUUGUCCAGGAAGAUGGACAAGGCGGUUCCAUCGCCUCGGCAGAUUUUGUCUCGCCGCCUCGGGGUGCCCGUCGCAAGGGCCCUCUCAGUAUGGUCGGGCGAGCCAAUGCCGGUCUGCGUCGAAAGAACAAGGAUACAUGUGUCCAGUGCAGGCUAAACAAGCGCAAGUGCGACGGUAGCUCUCCUUGCGACGCUUGUCGCCCAACUCUUCACGAGCAGCCAUGUGCCCGUGCAUGCUUCUCCAGCAUCGUUGAAUUCGGAACCUGCAACUAUAUCUCUCAACGCGCUGUGAACCACCCCACAAUGGAUGGGAGCAACCGGGUUCGAAUGGAAAUUCCAUCUGAGUUUGACCUCAGCCAACUCUUGUCUCUGCUCGCCGAGCGUCAAGGCCGGUUCAACAUCCGCGCCAGCCAGGCCUGGGGCUCUCUUUACGUCCUUGACCUGGGUGAAACCUACAAGUUCCUCAAGAAUCUUAGCGAGUAUAACGGCAACUCGAAAUCAACCUUCUUGGAAUUCAUUGACCGCCGAAUUGUCGACUCAAAGGAUAAGUCCAAGAACUGGCUUUCAUGUGUUGCCGACUGUGAUCCAAUGAACCAAGCCUACACCCUUCUGUCUCAAUGGAACAACAUGCCCAGCCGGGCGAAAUACAGUUUCGUCAGCCUAGAUGACACCCCAGAGCGAACAAUGGACAUCAACAACCCCUCGGACCGCCGUGAAAUCCUCCUCGCAGCCCAGCUCUCCCGAAUUUUCUGUCGCAUGCUUGAAGUUGAAGGCUUCCGCAAACUCGAACGUGACUUCUACAACAUCAAAUGGAAGCAAAUCUCCCACGACACCCACCUCCGCUUCCUCAACGAACUCGGCCACAUUCUGCUCACGCUCCGCUGGCGCGUCAGUUGGUGGAAGCGACUCGGCGACGGCGGUCAAUCCCCAGACCCGACACAGCAGCAUUACAUUGAUCGCGUGGAAUUGCUCUGUCGCAUCCUCUACGUUUAUUAUACGUGUGUGCAGGCCAAGCUGCCGUCAUGGAGUGCUGCAGAGGUGCCGAAGGGAAUCUGGAGCACGUAUGCGGAUUCAGAGACCGUUUGGGAUGAUUUCCCCUCCGAUUCGAGCGACGGGGGUUUCCAAGGGUGGAUGGAUAGGGGACGAGAGCUCAUUGAGGCGGCAGGUGUCCCUGGGCGAGUUUCGAAGUUCUAG